AUGCCUCCACCAACGCAUGGAGCGGAAUAUGAACGAUUAUUUGAUUCUCGUAAUAAAAAGAAGGAUUGGAGUCAAUGGGGUCCUUAUUUGGCUGAACGACAAUGGGGUACAAUACGUGAAGAUUAUUCAGAUGAUGGAGAAACUUGGGAUUAUUUCACUCAUGAUCAUGCUCGAUCGAGAGCUUAUCGAUGGGGAGAGGAUGGACUUUUAGGUUUUUGUGAUAAACGAUGUCGACUAUGCUUUUCUGUGGUUUUAUGGAACGCAAAAGAUUCUAUACUUAAAGAGAGAUUAUUUGGUUUAACUGGAAAUGAAGGUAAUCAUGGUGAAGAUGUCAAAGAACAAUAUUUCUAUUUGGAUUCGACACCAACUCAUUCAUAUAUGAAAAGUCUGUAUAAAUAUCCUCAACAAGCAUUUCCAUACCAACAACUUGUCGAAGAAAACAAACGACGAACGAAAGAGGAAGGAGAAUUCGAAAUUCUUGAUACAGAAAUUUUCGAUAACAACGAAUAUUUCGAUGUUUUCGUUGAAUAUGCUAAAAAAGAUGCUGAUGAUAUUUUAAUUCGUAUUACUAUUGAAAAUCGAGCAAAUAAAGCAGCCAAUAUACAUUUAUUACCGACAGUCUUCUUUCGAAAUUCAUGGAGUUGGAAAGCUAAUCAUGAUGAAAUUAAUACACGACCAAAGAUUGAACGACGAGAUGGAGAAAAUAUUUUAAGAUUAGACCAUGAAAAACUUGGUUUAUAUGCUUUUGAUAUUAAUUCGUUGGAUGAUGAUGACGAUGAUCAAUUACCGGAAGUUUUAUUUACAGAAAAUGAAACGAAUUUUAAGAAAUUAUAUGAUUCAGAGAAUGAAUCAUCUUAUGUAAAAGAUGCUUUUCAUGAAUAUUUAAUUGAUGGAAUAAAAGAUGCUGUCAAUCCAUCAUGUCAAGGAACAAAAACAGCUUUGCAUUAUAAAUUCAAUAUUGAAGGUAAUUCAUCAAAAAUAUUAUAUUUUCGAUUAUAUAAAUUAUCUGAUGAUGGUAAUAUUCCAAAAAAAAUUACUCGACAACAAAUGAGUGAAAUAUUUAAUCAACGAAAACAAGAAGCUGAUCUUUUUUAUGAAUCGAUAUAUGAAGGGAAAUUACAUAAGGAUGAAAAAAAUAUUAUUCGACAAGCAUAUGCUGGACUUCUUAAUAGUAAACAAUUUUAUUAUUAUAUUGUCAAAGAUUGGCUUGAUGGAGAAGGAAAACAUUUUAUGCCAAAGUUUGAUGAGAAACGUCAAGCAAUUCUUAAGAAUAAGGAAUGGCGUCAUAUGGCAUGUCAAGAUAUUCUUUCUGUACCAGACAAAUGGGAAUAUCCAUGGGUUGCUGCUUGGGAUUUAGCAUUUCAUCUUAUUCCAUUUGCUCAUAUAGACCCAGACUUUGCAAAAAGCCAACUGAAAUUAAUAAUGCGUGAAUGGUAUAUGCAUGCGAAUGGUCAAAUUAUGGCUUACGAAAUGAAUUUAGAUGAUGUUAAUCCACCGGUAAUUGCUUGGUCAGCAUGGCGUGUUUAUAAAAUGUCUGCUGUUUCGGUUAAAGAACGAGAUCGAGAUUUUUUAACAAGUGUCUUUCUCAAGUUAUUACUCAAUUUUAGUUGGUGGAUUAAUCGAAAAGAUCCAACGAAUAAAAAUCUUUUUAGUGGUGGAUUUAUGGGUUUAGAUAAUAUUGGAGUAUUUGAUCGAACUGAAGAAUUACCUGAAGGAAUGACAAUGAAUCAAUCAGAUGGAACAUCAUGGAUAGCGUUUUUUGCUGUAGUAAUGUUGCAAAUAUCUCUUGAAUUAUCAGGUGGACAAGAUGGAUAUCCAGUUAAUGAUGCUUUUCAAGAUAUAUCUUCAAAAUUUGUUGAACAUUUUGUGGAUAUUAUUCAUGCUAUCAAUACUUUUGGUGGAGCUAAAACUGGAUUAUGGGAUGAUGAAGAUGGAUUUUAUUAUGAUCAAGUGAAAUAUGCCAAUGGUGACGUAAAACAUUUGAAAGUUCGUUCUUUCGUUGGUCUCAUUCCACUUUUGGCAGUUUCUGUCAUUGAAUCACAGAGAAUGGAUAUGUUACCUGGAUUUAAAAAACGAUUUUCAUAUUUUCUUCGACAUAAGAAUAAUGGUCCUCGUCAACAUAUUCUUGAAAAGGAGUCAACGAAAAAUAAAAAUGGAUUAACUUAUCUAUUAACAAUUCCAAAUGAAGAACAAUUACGACGAAUACUAAAAUAUCUUCUUGAUGAAAAUGAAUUUCUUUCUGAAUAUGGAUUACGAUCACUUUCAAAAUAUCAUGAAAAACAUCCAUUUACUUUCAAUUUUGAUGGAGAAGAGGAAAAGAAAGUUAUUUAUGUACCGGCUGAAUCAGUAUGUGGGAUGUAUGGUGGGAAUUCGAAUUGGCGAGGUCCUAUAUGGUUAUGUAUAAAUUAUUUAUUAGUCGAAGCUCUUGAAAGAUAUCAUCGAUUUUAUGGUGAUUCAUGGAAAGUUGAAUGUCCAACACGAAGUGGACAAAUGAUGACAUUACUUGAAGUUUCUCGAGAAAUAACUCGUCGACUUACAAAACUUUUUCUACGCGAUGAUCAAGGAAGAAGACCAUGUCUUGGAGAUGAUCAUCGUUUUCAAAAAGAUCCACAUUGGCGAGAUCUCCUUCUUUUUCAUGAAUAUUUUCAUGGAGAUACUGGACAAGGAUUAGGUGCAAGUCAUCAAACUGGAUGGACUGCUUUGAUUAUUCGACAUAUUGAAGAUAUGGCUUCACUUAGAACUGAAAAUGAACAGAAAGAACGAUAA